CAGUUGUUUAUUGGAAGCGGAGGACGUGGUUGCAGCAGCAUGGCCAGCGGGAGCAGGGCAGGGGGUGCAGUUGGUGGAGAAGGGAGCCGGAGGCAGCCGGAAAGAAGAGGGGGUAGAGGGAAGGACAUUGCGAGUUCGAGCGCACCUUCGUCGGGGGUGGUUGACAAAGUCUCGACGCCGGCUACGGACCCAUCCUUGUUCGUCCCACAGUCGGAGGGAAAGCAAACAAAGCUGCAGGGCGAGAAGGAGGAGUGGAAGCACGUGGAGCAAGGUCAGGAGGCUGUGCUGAAGGGGCGGGGAGAGUAUUGGCUACGGUGUCAGCUACGCUCGACCGUUUACAGGGGCACGAGCACAAGAGUCAUUGAGCAUUUCCUCAAAUUGCAGAAGCCUUGCCCUUUCAGGACAGGCAAGAUAUUGCACAAGCUGGUGGCCCAAGGUGCGAAGGUGCUGCCGAAGGACAAGAAGACACAAUACCUUCUGCAAAAUUACCGGCAGCUUCACAACAUUUCGGCGGAGGGGGCUGCUGUGAACGAAGACGACGAGAGUGCGGUUGUACCUCGUGGUUAUGAGGAACCACAACUGCCGGUUGCUGCUGGGAGGGAGACAGUGGAGGAGCUGGUGCAGCGGGGAAAAGAAACUGCAGCGGGACAGGUGGCGGGAGAAGAUGGUGCUUCCACCACAAGGAUAUCUUCAAUGCAGCAAACGACCAUCAAGAGAUGGGUCGACAACGGGGCACACAAAAAGUUGGAUGUUGCGUGGGCGGAGGCAAUGUUCAGAGCCAGAAUUGCAUUCCAAUUCCUGGAGUUCGACACCAUGCAGCAGUUGCACAACAUGUAUCUCGAGGUGGCGAACGCCAAACGCCAAACCGCAGAUGCUGGAGCGGAUACACAACCGGAUGGCAGUUUUGAAGGACAUGGUGGAUGCGACGAAUGUGGGGAAAUGGAAGGCGAUGCGGUGGUCGAGCGCGAAGCUACAAGCGAAAGCGGAUCUCGUGUACUUCACAAUGCGGAGGGAUGCUUGGUGGACGGAGCUAAGGAAGGUGGUGGAGAUUAUGGAGUCGUUGUAUCUCCUACUGCGGAGGAUGGACAAGGAUGCGACUGCACCGUCAAACCUUGUAAAGUACGACCGACUCAUGGAGAGGAUGUUGGCGGAGGUUGUGCUGACACCGGAGCGACGAAGUUCUGUGCUAGAGAAGGUGAGGGACCGCAUGAAGAUGAUGCAGUGACCGGUGCAUGCGCUGACUUUUCUUCUCGACCCGCACAUGGCGGCGAUGUGCCGAAGUUGCAGGCCAUUGCUAUUAAAGUGAUGGGCAUGUGGAGCACUGCAACUCCGGCGGAGCGUAAUUGGCCCUCCAUGGACUUGGUGCACUCCAAGCGACGGAAUCGGUUGAAGCCCGCGACCGUGGAGAAGCUUGUGUACAUUCAUUGGAACACGAAUCUGUUGUGGGCGAGCAAGAACUUAAAGGACCAUCACUACGUCGAUUUGUGGGCGGAGUUCUUCGAGUUUCUUCCGGAUGCGGAGGAGGGCGAUGAUCGUCUUUUGGAGGUGCCCGAGGAGGAGAAGGGGAAAACGGAGGAGGAAAAGGCGCGGGAAUGGGCCUUAACCAAGUUGCUGAAGGGCCGGAUUCCACCUCGAAGAAGAUGAAGAGGAGCGCACGAACGACAGCGCAGCUUCAGGCCGAAGCUCUAUACUGAUUACCCCAA